GAAAAAAGGAAGCAUCUGUGCCUGGAAGGUGAUGGCGGUGGUGGUAGUGCUAAUCCCAUUGGAUAAGCAGAGCUGUGAUGAUCCCAUCCUCUCUUCUAUUCUAAGCAGAGGUGGGACCCACCAGGUAGUGGGAGUGUCCAAGGCUCUUGGGGGGAGAGAGAAUUUUGUACAAAUGAUGGCGAGUCAGAUAGCAAAUGCUGGGAAUAAUCGACACAGUAGUAGGAUUAUGAGGAGCAUAAAUGGAUAUGAUUUUGGAAAGUAGUAGUAAUACCAGUGGGUCUUGGAGAAUCCUUCCCCCUCCUCAACACCAAGUGGAAGAAGCCACAGGAUAAAAUUUCUAUAUAUCUUGUGGGGGAGGAUAUCGCAGUAUGUGCUGUCGGGCAUCCAUCCGUGCAUGCAACAUCCCCCUCUUUCCUGAUGGCCAUAAAUUCUUUCCUCCCGACGAUGCAAUGCCCAUCGGAGCAGGCAAUUGUCACCUGCCGUGAUCGAUCCCCACUGCUGUUCCAUCCCCCUCAUUUCCUUGAAAAUGGUCAAAUUCUCGAAGCAAUUUGAGGCUCAGCUGGUCCCAGAGUGGAAAGACGCCUUUGUCGAUUACUGGCAACUGAAAAAGGACUUGAAAAGAAUCCACUUCCCCAAGCUCGAAAAUCAGACGAAGAAAAACGACGCACCAUCCAAAGGAGCUCUCCAAGCUAGAAUUUUCCCAUUCCAUGCGGCUGCUCUUCUCCAACGGGUGUUCGGCCCAUGCGCCACCGCUUCAAGCGAGCACAGGGCGAUUCAGGUCCAUAGGAAGUUGGCUACUUCUGCAAGCAAGGGCGACGUGUAUGAAACUGAAUUGUUAGAGCAAUUUGCAGAUACAACUGCAGCAAAGGCUUUCUUCGCCCGGUUGGAUCUCCAGCUGAAUAAGGUGAACCAGUUUUACAAGACCAAGGAGAGAGAGUUUUUAGAGAGAGGAGUCACGUUGAAGAAGCAAUUGGCGAUUUUGGUAGAACUCAAGGUAUCUCUCAAAGGCCAGCCAUGCAUGAUGGAGGUCAUUGAGGAUGCUUCUAUCUCGAGCACCACCAAAUCAUGUGAGGAUGAUUCAAUGGAAGAUCCUGCUGACCCAGACCCACAGCAGCUGGAGCCCGUGGCCUGUUGUGAGGUAGAGGAGGAUGCAAGCACUCCCAACUCCAAUGAAGCAGUGAAAGCUGUCAAGGAAAGAAGGGAUGAAGCAAAGCUGAGCCUGUCGGGAAGGACAUUUAGCUGCCAGGGGAGGAAUGUGAGGAUGAACAUUCCCCUGACCAACCCCUCGAGAACAAUUUCUGCCAUCACAAACUUAGUGUGGGAGGAUCUAGUCUCCCAGCCCAAAAAAUGUAGUCCUGAAGGAAGCAAGUUGAGCAUCAACAAGACUAAGCUGCACCAUGCCGAGAAAAUGAUCCGGGGAGCCUUUGUCGAGUUGUACAAGGGACUUGGUUUCCUAAAGACUUACAGAUCUUUGAAUAUGCUAGCUUUUGUGAAGAUCUUGAAGAAAUUUGACAAGGUCACAGAACAACAAGUUCUGCCUAUUUACUUGAAAGUUGUGGAGAGCUCCUACUUCAACAGCUCAGAUAAGGUGAUCAAGUCGAUGGAUGAGGUUGAAGAUCUAUUUGUGAAAAAUUUUACUGGAGAUGACCGUGUGAAAGCCAUGAAGUAUCUCAAACCGCGCCAACUUAGAGAAUCUCAUACAGUGACCUUUUUCAUAGGACUCUUUAUGGGUUGCUUCAUCGCUUUGCUUGCGGGAUAUGUUAUCAUGGCCCAUAUAAUGGGCAUGUACACCAGACAGUCAAAUUCUGUAUACAUGGAGACUGUGUACCCAGUACUUAGCAUGUUUGCUCUCUUGUUUCUACACUUGUUCCUGUAUGGUUGUAAUAUAGUGAUGUGGAGAAAAGCCCGUAUCAACUACAGCUUCAUCUUUGAGCUUGCCCCAACCAAAGAACUAAAAUAUCAAGAUGUCUUCUUGAUUUGCACAACCUCCAUGACCAUUGUAGUGGGAGUGAUGGUGGCACACUUGUGUCUAAUUGCAAAAGGCCAUUCCUCCACCAGCGUAGAUGCCAUUCCAGGCCUUUUGCUGUUGUUGUUCCUGAUGCUGUUAGUGUGCCCUUUCAACAUUGUCUACAAGUCAACCCGGUUCUAUUUCCUUCGGGUCAUACGAAACAUUGUGCUGUCACCAUUGUACAAGGUGGUAAUGGCGGACUUCUUCAUGGCGGAUCAACUUUGUAGUCAAGUGCCAAUGCUAAGGAGUCUAGAGUAUGUAGCUUGCUACUAUAUCACAGGAAGCUACAAGACCCAAGACUAUGGAUAUUGUAUGCAGAGCAAGCACUACAGAGAUCUAGCUUAUGCUGUUUCCUUCUUGCCAUAUUACUGGAGGGCAAUGCAGUGUGCACGGAGGUGGUUUGACGAAGGACAAGGAAGCCAUCUGGUAAAUCUUGGCAAGUAUGUGUCAGCCAUGAUAGCAGCAGGUGCAAAAGUUGCAUAUGAGAACGAUAAAAGCAUUGGUUGGUUGUCAAUGGUUGUCAUCACAUCGAGUGCGGCAACAGUAUACCAACUGUAUUGGGAUUUUGUCAAGGAUUGGGGAUUACUACAACUUCAAUCGCGCAACCCUUGGCUAAGGAAUGAAUUAAUUCUACGUCACAAGAUCAUCUACUUCUUUUCCAUGAUCUUAAACCUCAUUCUAAGGCUUGCGUGGUUACAAACCAUUCUCCAUUCCAACUUUGGAAGCGUGGAUUACCGGGUAACCAGCUUAUUCCUAGCAGCUCUUGAAGUGAUCCGAAGAGGGCAGUGGAACUUCUACAGGUUGGAGAACGAGCAUUUAAAUAAUGCUGGCAAAUUCAGAGCAGUCAAAACAAUACCACUCCCUUUCCAUGAAGUGGUCGAGGAUUAACUUUCACUGGCAAUGGUGGAUUGAGAAGCUGUUGCAAUAAUCCUAUAAAUAAAGCUUGCAGAAUUUCCAAACUACCAAUUGUUAUUGGCAACCAAGGCUCAUGUUGGAAUCUUAAUGUUCAACCAUCUCGGAUGUAAAUUGUGAAAGCAAGCCCAAUGGAUCAGAUUGGAGAUCUUUCUCCAGCACAUAAUACAAUUGCUGAGGGGGCAGCAAUACAAGCCAAGUGAAUAUGAAAUCAUUUGCCAUUGUACAAUCCAAAGAUGCAUACAUACUAGGAUCUUAGUAAUAAAGUCAUGUAUGAACUGACUUAACACUCAGUAAAUUCAUGUCACAUUUCUUUGGAUACUUAAAAUAAGGAUA